CAAGUUUUUGCUGCUCAGCUGCCCAGAGGGUGGAACGCAGCUCAAUUGCUCAUAGCAGCACCUUAUUGCUCGCAGCGUGACGCCUCGGAGGCGAGUUUCAAGCGAUCCAACAAUACCCCAAUGCAGUCACAAGGCCUGAACGCUGCUGGAGCCUCAUAACAGCCUAAACGCCGUCGCUGCGCGAGCAUACUCGCUGCAGAACACAUUCGUCGCCGCGCGAGCACACCUGAUGGAGCGCCGCGCGAUUCACGAGGACCCGGACGGCUACUACUUCCGGAGCCCAACCGGCAAGCUCUACGGGCCACUUUCAAGAUUUCAGUUCGAGGCGUGGAGCAUGCGCGGCGCGGUCGGGCCGGGCAGUAAGGUGUGGCGCCAGCAGGGCGCACACCACUAUCGAGUCGAGAUCUCACGGCGCCUCAAAUGGCAGAAACUGCUCUCGGUGCGAAGCUGCGGCGCGAUGAGCGACUGGCUCAUGACGUUCAUCAGCGUCGUCUCGCUUGUCUUCCUCUUCUCCCUCAAAAAGCUGCGCGACGACCUGCGGAAGGAGCUGCGGGGGCACGCGGCGACGGGCGUUUUCCUCUUUCUCUUGUUCGCCGCGACGGUCGUGCUGUCGGUGAGCGCGAUGCGCAAGCUCUCGAAGCGCGUCGUCACCGAAUCGACGGAUAUUUUCGACCACGAGGUCUAGUUAAUUUUGUUUUGUGAUU